AUUAUAAGUGAAGAUAAACACAUGUUAUGAAGUUAAAGUACCAGGGAGAGGGAAUAUUUUUUUGUGAGAUGAAGUGUCACCAUUAUUUAUUGAUGUGAAAAUGAUUGAGAUUGGUUACACUUUGUUUUAAUUGUUUGUAUUUGGAACAACUUGGGGUUGAAGAGAGUGGGUAGAAAUGAACGAAGAAGAAUUGAUUCGUGAGAUUACUGAGUUGAAGCGCCUGUUGCGCGAGAAGGAGGAUGCCCUCGCUGAGCUGAGGUUGAAAAAGAUAAUAAUUCCAAAUAAUAAAUUAAAUAAUGAGGAGAUUGGCAGGUACAGUCGACAGAUGUUAAUUCCAGAAAUCGGUGUUGAAGGACAACUCCAGAUAAAAAAUGCAUCAGUUCUUAUUGUCGGUGCUGGAGGACUCGGUUGUCCAUCAGCUCUGUACCUGGCAGGAGCUGGUGUGGGGCACAUUGGUAUCGUGGAUUACGACGAGGUCGAGAUAAACAAUUUACACAGACAAUUGUUAUAUAAAUCUGACGAUAUUGGUACUGCUAAAGUUGAUGCUGCUGCUCAUCAUCUCCUGAGACUCAACGGAAAUCUGAAGGUAACUCCCUACAAGCUCCAACUGGACAGCACCAACGUGCAGAAUAUUAUCAAGGAAUAUGACGUAGUUCUAGAUGCUACUGAUAACGUACCAACAAGAUAUCUCCUGAAUGACGCCUGUGUAUUCUCCGGGAAGCCCUUGGUGUCAGGAGCUGCACUGAAAUUCGAGGGACAGUUGACAGUUUACAAUCAUCGAGGACCUUGCUACAGGUGCAUAUUCCCGAAACCCCCACCUCCUGAGACAGUGACUAAUUGUGGGGACGGAGGGGUUCUCGGUGCAGCUGUGGGUACGAUCGGUCUUCUGCAAGCUCUGGAGACCAUUAAAAUUAUUUUGGGGAUGCCUGAAGUGUUGUCCGGACGAAUGUUACUCUUCGAUGGUCAGCGUUUGUCAUUUAGAAACAUACGUCUGCGAUCGAGAGACCCGGACUGUCUUGUCUGUGGACAGAAUCCCCAAAUAACCGAGCUAUUGGAUUAUGAACAGCUCUGUGGCAGUAAAGCCAAUGAUAAAAGUCCUCGGAUCAAGUUAUUGAAGGAGGAUGAGAGGAUAACUGCAAAGGAAUACGAAAGUAUGAGGAGUUCCUCGCACUUGUUGAUCGACGUGCGAUCACGGGAGGAGUUCGCGAUAUGUAAUUUGGAGGGAUCUGUCAAUAUUCCCUAUUCGGAGAUGCAGAAAAGUGAGGGACUGGAGAGGGCUAAAAAAGUUGUGGAUGAUAAGCUGCAGGACAGCAAUUCCAAUGUUCUUAUAAUUUGUCGUCGAGGGAACGAUUCUCAAAGAGCAGUAGAACUCCUGAAAGCCUCCCUGAACGACACAUCAAAGAAGAUAAAGGAUGUAAUUGGUGGUAUUCACGCUUGGACUCAUGAAGUAGAUGCUACAUUCCCAAUUUAUUAAAAAUAUUGUUUUCCAUAUUUAAA